AUCUAACAAAGCCACGCAAAAAUAACUUAAAUACCUUGCACACAUGGAAUUACAAAAAUUCGCUUUAUAAGUGUCAGACUCUUUCUAUACUCUCGUAUUAAGAAUGAAGCUCACUGUGGUGGUGCUUUGCGCUAUUUGCGCCCUAACUUUCGCUAACAACGACUCUUCCAAUCAACCGCAGGAAAUAUUACCGGUUGUCCUACCGCCAGAUGGGCCCCAACUAUUGUGGCAUGCGUUUCAAUCGUUUAUUGCGAAUGCAAAUCCAGACAGGCCCUUAGAGAAUCUUAUCCAAGCUGGUCAAAAUUCGGGGAAUUGCGGUUCGACAACUACGACUCAAACGCCGGAAGUUACAUCGCAAAGUAGGCAAAAAGGAAAAAGCCAUGCUGCGAAAAAACAUGCGAAACACAGAAGUGGCGGAAAAAAUCACAAGCACGACAAAAAACAGGCCCAUCAUUAGUUGAUAAUUAUUACUAGUAGAAAUGAUUGUUGGUAGUCAAAUAAUUUAUUCUUUUGCGACA